GAAGGCCGAUCCUGUUUUUGCUAGCAUAAAUUAGAGUGGACGUAACUGUUGUUGAACUCUCAUUUGAUUUAGAACGUCGAUAACGGACAGAUGUUUUAAAACCUAAUAGUAAAAAUGCAAUUCAGUUUGGUGGCUAUAAUAUCAUCGCUUUUUGUGGUCCAUUCAGCUAAUGCGAUAUUGCUUCCACUAUUGGCCGGAAUCUUGAGUCAACAUCGACGUUUACCAGAACCUCUCCCACCGCUAUCUUUUCUCCUUAUGCAACAUUACCUGUCGAGAAACGUAACAAUCCAGAACGUGGUUCAUCUGGGCCGUUCUGCACUUAAAGUAGUUUACACUGGUGGCCGUCCAAACUUUGAUACUGGCGUGAUGCCAAGCAACAGUUACGUAGAGCUUCCCCUGACUACGUUUUACGAAGGUACUAUCGAUGUGGACAUUGCUGCAGAGCGUAAUAACAGAAUUACAGAGCCGGAACGGGCUGCUGCAGCUGGCAUAGCAUUUCGAAUCCAGUCCAAGAGCGACCAGUACGAAUUAGUGUGUCUGAGAAUGGCCAAUGGUAGGUUCAAUUUACCUCCCCCAUCAACUGAUCGUCUGGGAAGAGCUAUUCAGUAUACCUCGUUACCCGAAUGGACGGCCGACACUUUGAGGAAUCAAUUUCCUGGACGAUACGAAGCCGCUGCGAAAAUUGGAGAAAGACGGUGGAAUCAUGUCAGAAUUUGUGUGCGGAAUAAUACUGUUUGUGUAUUCAUUGAUGGGCAACCUACACCUGUAAUUCAAUCAGAUCUUCUAGGUACGAAUGCUCGAGGAUCUUUCGCCUAUUGGGUUGAUGCUGGAACAAACGCCUAUUUUGCCAAUUUACGAAUCGUUGAAACGUAAUUGAAAAGGUUAAGUUAUUUUGCUGAUAUUUCAUGUGCUUAUUUCCUGUAGUAAGAAAAAUAAAAUACUAUCGUUAAAAGGAUGACCUGCAUAAAAUGUUGAAUUAAGCCCGGAGUAAUAAACAGUUUUGAAUUUUUA